AUGCAGUUCUCCAACAUCUUCAUCACCGCAGCCGUUUUCAUCGGUGCCAUCUCUGCUGCCGCCGUUCCCGACACAAACAUCCCUGGUAUUGAUCUCACUAAGCGAGCUUGCAACGAAGAACAGUUCAGACAGUGUACUCGUAACUGUCCUACCGGAACUGGUGGCGGGCCCAUUGGAUGCCCUAUUGGUGAGCAACAGUUUGGUGAUCCAAAGUGA